AUGUCGAUAAUCAUCACAGGCGCAAACGGCUACGUGGGGCAGGAACUAGCUACUGCCCUUCUUUUGAGUUCCCCCAAUAUUACAGUGACGCUGACAGACAUUGUCAAGCCUGACAUUCCCGCCUCAGCGACACAACAUGCAUCGCGCGUGGAAUGCAUAGAGGCCGAUCUCACGGCUCCUAGUGUUGUUGAUGAGAUAUUCAACUCAACCCACCGGUUCGACACCGUCUACCUUCUUCACGGGAUCAUGUCUAGCGGCUCCGAAGCCAACUUCGAGCUAGGCAUCCGAGUGAAUCUUGAUUCAACCCGGUACAUCCUGGAUCGAUUGCGUACUACUAUGCCUGGGGUCAAGGUUGUAUUUACGUCCAGCUUGGCAGUAUACGGGCUGGCUCCUCCUGGCUUGGUCAUCGACGAGACAAACUUCCCGCCCGCUCCUUUAUCUUCAUACGGAUCGCAGAAGCUUAUCGUGGAGACACUACUUAAUGAUUACUCCCGACGGGGAUUCCUAGAUGGUAGAUCUGUCCGUCUCCCAACGGUGACAGUUCGAGCGGGAAAGCCUACACAAGCCGCCAGUAGUUUUGCAAGCGAUAUUAUUCGCGAGCCAUUCAAUGGAAAGAAGGCAAUUCUCCCUGUAAGCAAGACGACAGAACUUUGGAUCUGCUCGCCGUACACGGUGGUUCGGAAUCUGCUCCAUGCGAGAGGGAUUCCCAAGGAGGCGUUUGGCGACUCUAGGUCGGUCAAUUUGCCGGGAUUGAAGGUCAGUGUGCAGGAGAUGUUGGAUGCAUUGGAGAAGAUCGGGGGAGCAGAACGACGGGCGUUAGUUGAAGAGAAGUUUGAUGCGGACAUUGAUCGGAUUGUUCAGACGUGGACACCGCAUUUCAACCCGGCGCUGGCGUUGAAAUUGGGGUUUUCGGAGGAUAUUCCCAUGGAGGAGAAUAUCCGACAGUUUGCGCAGAGAUUUGAGUAA